UUCUUAUUGGCCAACUAUAUUCAAACUAGGAAACUUAAAGCCGGACCUAAGCUUCUCGCGAAACUAUAUAUACACCUUUUACAAAAGGAAAAAAACAACUAAAAAGUUAGUCAUGGAGAGACAAACGAUGUAUAUGUUAGCAGUUCUUGUUUUACUGAGCGUACAACAAUCCUAUUCAGUGGAGACAUAUAGCUUAAGCUAUAACUAUUUUGAUGAAAUGGCACAAUCAUAUUGCGCCUCUAAGGGAUCCGGAUGGGUGUUUGCUAUAAGGAGGGAUUGUGAGAAGGCCCCUAGGUGCGAAGAGAUGUGUAAUAACGCAAAGCAUGAAAUACUCCAGUCCAUUGGCAACCAACGUAAUAGUGUAUCGUGUUUUGAUGCAUUCCACAUAGCGAAACGUCAUCCUGUACUAAAGGCCAACCCUUCUAAACAACCGGAUUCUGGGAAAUUGAAUCUUUCGACACAUGGUUAUGGUUCCAACGGAUGUACGUGGAGACCUAAUCACUGCGGACCUAACUACUGUUGCUGUAAAGCGUAUUAAAAAGUUGCAAGUGCGUUUAAAAAAAUAUUGAGAACAGAUAUUCCUAAACGUUUAUGUGAACUCAUAUACCUUGUUUCAAAUAUGAAAAAGUAACUGUGAUAAGUCAGUCACUACGAUUCGAGUCUACAAACCGUGAAAAGAUAUUCAAGAUAUUGCAUUUCUGUGUUUGAAUUAAUUAGGUAGAAUCUGUAACAUCGUUUAUACUAUUUUUUGAUGAACCUUUUGCCAUACACUUUGUUGAAUAAAUUUACAAGUGACUGUAAGUGAUCACAAACACUUCAUGGGUUUUGUUUUUUUUUUUUUUUCAAUGUGUUGUAAUAACAGCAAUUAUAUUGUAUAUAUUUUUGAAAUAUUUUUCCAAAGACAGGGUAGCGGUGGGGGAACGCUAAAUGAUACAACUUCUCUAAAUGAUACAACUGACGUUAAAUGAUACAAAACUGACGCCAAAUGAUACAACCAACGCUAAAUGAUAUAAAAUCGAGGCUCGCUAAAAGAUACAAAACUAACGCUAAAUGAUACAUUUUUUUAGGCUCGCUAAAAGCUACAAACCGUUGACGCUAAAAGAUACAAAUUUUCUAUAGAGGUAUAUGGAGAAUUUCUACAUUUGUUGACGAUUUCACGAAAUUAUUAUCUUAUUUCAUGCAGAACUUGUCACACGAAAAUUUGAAUAUAGAUUAAUAUGUUUCCUAUUAAAUAAACAUAUACAUGCUCCCAAUUGUAUUUUCCUGGAGUGCUCGCCAGUGUAUAUAAAUGAUGAACGAAGUGGCAUGUAUUCGGUCUUUAUACAAUCUCUACGCCAUUAUUAAUACUUUUAGUGGUAUAAAUUGGAAUCAGUGGUACAUUUGUAAUGCUGAAAAUCCUUCUGAGUUUCAAACGUAGCCCUGCCGUAGUAACAUAUGCAAAAUGAAUACACAUUAAAACAAAUAUGUUAUAUUUCAUGUUAUUGACACUGUUAUGACAACAAUUCAAACUUAUUUUUAGUUUUGCAAAUUACCCGCUCCGAUUGUGUAUUUUUGUUUUACAUGGUUUUAAUAAUUCAGCUGCGAUUUUAAAUUUGCACGCCGAAAUGUCCGCAGGGUACUGCCUACUGUUAUUGUACUGUUACCAGUUGCGAAUAUACUCCAUUUGGAGGGAGGCAAGUACUGAAGAUGAUGUUGAUGAUGGUGUACUUUCAUAGUUUGUUGUUUGACAUUCCAGAUGAUGACAUAGACUACUUGUGUAUUGAUGUAAAGGGUAGUUGGAAACAUUAAAAGAAACAAUACAA